AUGAAAAAUCAAUUCUAUUUGGAUGCGAAUUAUACAAAUUUAAAUCACGGAUCAUUUGGAAGUACUCCUAAAGAUGUGAUGGCUGCAAACUUUAAAUAUCAAAUUGAUAUGGAAGAAAAACCAGACCCUUGGUUUAGAAUGACAGUCCUUCCUAAAUAUGAUCAAUCCAGAAAGAUGCUCUCCAAGAUUAUUGGUUCUCAAAAUGAUGAUGAUGUUGUCAUUGUGGAGAAUGCAAGUGUGGCCAUCAAUGCAAUUUUCAGAUCCAUUCCAUUCACAAAGAAGGACAAGAUUAUCUACUUUAAUACUGCAUAUGGUAUGGUUCAAAAGACUAUUGCCUACAUUCAUGAUUUCUAUGGUACUGAGCUUGUUGAAGUAACGUUUACUUUGGAAGAUUUACAAUCGGUGGAAUCAAUUUUAUCCAAGGUUAAAGAGGUUGCUCUUGCCAAUAAGGAAAACACCACCAUUGCUGUCUUUAGUCAUAUUGUUUCUACACCAGCAAUUGUUUUACCAGUCAAAGAACUCGUUCAAUUUUUCAAUACAUUGAACGUUCCAAGUGUUAUUGAUGGUGCUCAUGCCAUUGGUAGUAUUCCAUUCAAUGUUACUGAAAUUGGAUCUGAUUAUUAUCUCAGUAAUGCCCACAAGUGGUUGUUCACUCCAAAAUCAUCAUGCGUUUUGUGGAAGAAUCCAAAUGCAAGAUUCCAAAUCCAUCCAACAGUUAUUAGUUAUGGUUAUACCACUACUCCAGUUCAAAGUUAUCAAAAGGAAUUUUCCUAUGUUGGAACCAGAGAUUACUCUGCCUAUUUGUCUAUCAAGGAUGCAAUAGAAUGGAGACAAAGAGUUUGUGGAGGUGAGGAAAAUAUUAUGAAAUAUAAUACUGAACUUGCAAUUAAGAUUGGUGAAUUAUAUUCCCAAAUAUUUGGAACUCAUUUAUUGACAGAAGAUAAACGACUCUGGUCAGGUUCUAUGGCUAAUAUUAGACUCCCUUUCACUGAUAAUAUGGACUUUUGGUACAAGGUGAAUCAAAUAAUUUAUGAAAAGUUCAACUCUUUCCCAAUCUUUUUUGAAUUUGACAAGAAGGCAUACAUUAGAGUUUCAGCUCAAAUUUACAACUCUAUUGAAGAUUAUCAAAAAAUUGGUUUGGCUAUUUAUGAAACUGCCAAACAAUUAUUCAAUGAACAAAAGUAA